AUGGAUGUGGAGAACAAGGUGCAGAACAACAUCUCUGAAGAAAACCCCAGGCUCUCUGUCUCGCUGUUCUCGCUGUUAUCGCUGUUCUCGCUGUUCUCGCUGUUCUCGCUGUUCUCGCUGUUCUCGCUGUUCUCGCUGUUCUCGCUGUUCUCGCUGUUCUCGCUGUUCUCGCUGUUCUCGCUGUUCUCGCUGUUCUCGCUGUUCUCGCUGUUCUCGCUGUUCUCGCUGUUCUCGCUGUUCUCGCUGUUCUCGCUGUUCUCGCUGUUCUCGCUGUUCUCGCUGUUCUCGCUGUUCUCGCUGUUCUCGCUGUUCUCGCUGUUCUCGCUGUUCUCGCUGUUCUCGCUGUUCUCGCUGUUCUCGCUGUUCUCGCUGUUCUCGCUGUUCUCGCUGUUCUCGCUGUUCUCGCUGUUCUCGCUGUUCUCGCUGUUCUCGCUGUUCUCGCUGUUCUCGCUGUUCUCGCUGUUCUCGCUGUUCUCGCUGUUCUCGCUGUUCUCGCUGUUCUCGCUGUUCUCGCUGUUCUCGCUGUUCUCGCUGUUCUCGCUGUUCUCGCUGUUGUCUGGAGUUUCUCAACAGAUAUUUUACCAUUAG